CGGUAAAAUAAAUAAUGAAUCGUUUGGUGGCCACCAAAGUAUUGCACCGAAUCGUUCACCAAUGCGGCGGCCAAUUGACUACUACUACGACAACAACAACCACUGGCUCGCGAGCCUUGUCCUCAGCGGCUGCACCGCCGCCACCACCACCGCCGGCCCCGAAAAUGGUUGAAGUAUUUGUCAACGAUCGGCCAGUUAUGGUCGAACCGGGUACUACCGUACUGGAGGCCUGUGCCCGAGUCGGUGUCGAUAUACCCAGAUUUUGUUAUCACGAACGUCUAUCGGUGGCCGGCAAUUGCCGUAUGUGUCUCGUGGAGAUUGAAAAAGCGGCCAAACCGGUAGCUUCGUGCGCUAUGCCCGUAAUGCCCGGUUGGCGUAUCAAAACCGACUCCGAUAUGACCAGAAAAGCCCGCGAAGGUGUUAUGGAGUUUCUACUGCUCAACCAUCCGCUUGAUUGUCCCAUCUGUGACCAGGGAGGCGAAUGUGACCUUCAGGACCAAUCGAUGGCUUUCGGCUCCGAUCGAUCCCGACUGCAGAUCCAAUGGGACGACAAGCGGGCAGUCGAAGACAAAAAUAUCGGACCACUGGUCAAAACUAUAAUGACUCGGUGUAUACACUGUACCCGUUGUGUCCGAUUUAUGAACGAAAUUGCCGGUUGCGCCGAUUUGGGUACCAGUGGUCGCGGAGCGGAUAUGCAAAUCGGAACCUAUCUACAAAAUACGGCACUAGUAUCGGAACUGUCGGGCAAUAUUGUCGACAUAUGUCCUGUCGGAGCUCUGACCAGCAAACCGUAUACGUUUACCGGCCGUCCGUGGGAAUUACGACGUUUCGAUUCAAUCGACAUUAUGGACGCCGUCGGCUCUAAUAUAUCUGUCUGCCAGCGAUCGGGCGAUUUUUUGCGUAUCAUUCCCCGACUGAACGAAGAUGUCAACGAAGAAUGGUUGGCCGAUAAGUCCAGACACGCACCCGUUGAUGGUCUCAAAGCUCAACGACUAACCGUUCCGAUGGUCCGACCGUCGAGUGAUUCGACUUUGCAGGAGUGCGACUGGGAGGACGCUCUCAUAUCGGUUGGCCAGGCUAUCAAUCACGUCGAUCCCAGUCGUAUUGUUGCCAUUGUCGGGCCGCACACAGAUGCCGAAACAAUGGUAGCCAUCAAAGAUCUGGUCAAUUCGUUGGGUUCGGAGAAUGUAUUUGUUCACACAGACACUCAAUUAGAUCCCAGUGCUCUACCCGGCAGUCAGGAUCUAGAUUUCCGCUAUAACUAUCUGUUCAAUACGGGUAUUGCCGACAUUGAGAAAAGUGAUUUCAUACUACUGGUCGGUAGUAAUCCCCGAUUGGAGGCACCGAUGGUCAACGCCCGCAUACGUAAGUCGUGGCGCAAUUCGUGGAUCAACGAUAUAGCCCUAAUCGGGCCGAAAGGUUUGGAUCUGCUAUACGAUUACGACUGGUUAGGUGACGAUAUCAAGACAUUGAAAUCGGUGGCAAACGGCACACAUCCGAUCAGUAAAAAGUUGGCCUCAGCUAAGAAACCGAUAAUUAUUUUGGGACAACAAAUACUUCGUAGCAAUAAUGACAACUCAAAUGCUUACGAUUUAGUUAAACAAAUAGCCGAUAAACAUCCUAACAUUGAAUUCAAUAUAUUGCACUCAAACGCAUCGCAAGUGGCCGCCUAUGAUCUGGGCCUAAGAAACGGAUCCGAACUCAAUCUGGAAGACAAUGGAGAGCCGGCACUUGUUUGGCUGUUCGGUGUCGAUGACAGUCAGCUGAAAAUACCGCAAAACAAUACUUUUCUUAUAUAUCAAGGACAUACCGGCGAAAUUGGUGCCAAUAGGGCCGAUGUUGUACUGCCCGGCGCCGCUUUUACCGAAAAACAAUCGAUUUAUGUCAACCUGGAGGGCCGAUCGCAGCAAACCUUAGCCGCCAUAACGCCGCCGUCGAUGGCCCGAAUCGACUGGAAGAUAGUACGGGCCGUAUCCGAGAUAUGCAAUCAUACACUCGGCUACGACUCGUUGCUCGGUUUACGGCAACGAAUGAAACAGUUGUCGCCGAAUCUGGUCUACUGUAAUGAAAAUUUGAAAAUAGAUGCCAUCCGACCACCAUCGGGCGGACCAGUCUCACCGAAAGCGGCCAACGAUUCGAUACGGUUGCGGACAAAACUAGCGGAUCUGUUAGACUAUUAUCAAACCGAUGUCAUCAGCCGUGCGUCGCCAACAAUGGCUAAAUGUGUGGUCGCUUUGCGUAAAGAGAUCGAUAAGAGAGGAGGAGCUGCUGAUGAACGACAACAAACACAGUCAUCCAUAUAAUUAAAACAAUAGGUGUUUUGGGCACUCAAUUAGCUAUUAAUUAGAUUUAAAUUAAAUUUUUUUUAAAAAUUAUUAUUAAAAGUUUUAUUUGAAUUGUAUUUGAAU